AUGUACUCAGCCGAGCCGAAAAUCAAAGUCACCACAACUGAUUACCUUUUUUGUUCUAGCAUAACAAGUUUGUAUGAGAAGUUUGUUGAGAAAAACAACGAUAUAUCGGUGUUGUCUCUUUCUCACAAUGUGGCCCAGUACAUUCAAGGUGGUAAGAUAUUAUGUGCCACUCCUUGGCAUUUGGUUGAUCAUGUUGUUAUGCCUAUCAAUGUAAAAUUACAGGAUCAUUGGAUUUGUGGUCGUCUAAACAUAGCUGAGCGGCGGAUAUAUCUGUACAAUUCAUUGCGUUCUGGAAGGUAUAUGACAGCUGCCAAAGAGGCUUGCAAGCCUUUUUCUGUUAUUUUACCAUAUUACUUCUCUAUGUUAGACUUCAAAGGCCUUCGCAACGAAGCUAAGUUUAGCACUAUGGAACCGUUCCCUAUUGUUGCUGUUGAUGGUUUACCCGAGCAGGUCACAGCUGAUUGUGGUGUUUUUGUAGCAUCAUUUGCUGAGUAUUUCAUUGAUGGCAAACCCAUCCCAUCCUCUGGUUUUGAUGUAGAAAUUCACCGCGAUCGUUUGGCUGUGUUAUUUUAUCAAUAUGGCAUGAAGAAGCAACUUGAGAACAUUGAAAGUGAAUCCGAGGGCCCUCCCAGUCUUCCCAAGAAGUGAUUUGUUUUUUCAAUCAAACUGUCAUUGUUCUUAUAGUUUUUUAAUGUUGUUUUUAUGUUUUUUUAUCUUGUUUUCGUAAACAAACAUUGGUGUUCUGUUAUGUUUUCUUACGUUUUGUGUGGACAAUAUGUAAUCUUUAUUUUUGUAUGUUUUUUCUUCUUCUUCUUAUGUACAAACAAGUUGGUAUGUUAAAUUUGUUAGUAUUUUCAUUUCACAUCCCUUCUUUUUAUGUUUUUUUUUCUUAUAGUUUCUCUGUUUUUUUGAAUACAAAUAUUCAUUUCAGUAUUAAAAACACAAACUGUUUCAAUAAUAAACUUCAUAUAUAUAUAUUCAAUUUAGUAUCCAACAUCUUUUAAUAUCCAAUCUAAAGUAUCAUCAAAUCCCAAUGUAAUCAAUGCUUUCAAAUAAAAACUGUAUUCCCUUUGUAUUUCAGAAAUUUAAAUUCCUCAAUAUCUCAUUCUCAAAACGUAUGUGUAGUUUUCUUUUGUUUUUCCACUGUUGUUCUGUUGUUGUUUUUAUUCCCUUCUACGUCUUCUGCUGCAUGUUCUUUUGUUAUGCCCCAGUUCACCACAUUUGCUGCACUUGUUGUGUUGAUCCUUUUCCCAUCCAGCCUUCCUUCUUAAUGUUUUUGGUCUUCCUGAUUUUACUCUUUCAUGUGGAGGCAAGACUAUAAUAUUCUUCACUUCUUCCGGUACCUCCCACUCACUUUGGUGUCCUAUUGGGUAAACUGUCCCUGAAUAAGUUGCCAGCCAAUUUUUUUUUUGUGUAGUAAUCUGAACAGUAGGUGUACGGGUCCAUGUUCAUCUCCCUCAUCACGGCCACAGCGUGCCCGCAUGGCAUUUCAUCUAUUUGGAACCUGUUGCACGUGCAUGUUCUUUUUUCUAGAUCUACUUCCCACGUUUCUUUCAUUCUUGUUACCUCAAACAAGUAA